AUGUCACAAAGUAGUGGCAAGCAAACGGUCUUAUCCUCAUACUUCAGUUCUCAACCUUCAUCGUCCGCGGACCAACAACAGAAUUCCAAGAAACGCCUCAACUCAGAUAUAAUCGACCUAACGAGUGACUUGUCCGACGAACCUGACGAACUCCCGCCAACUAAGCGAACGAAGACUGUACCUGCUCAAAAUACUUGUUCGAAACACUCCUCCACCAUUGUCACAGAUCACUGGCGCUAUGACCCAUCACUCACAAAGCCUUCCACAGAUGUGUCAAGUAGUCACGUAGCUCGACAUGAGGCGUUCAGGGAAAAGUUGUUGUUAGAGAAUAAGAAAGCGUCUCUGUUCAGAUCUUCGUCUCUUGAUGAAGCCGGGGAGGGCAAUAAUGCACCUAUCCGACCUUUCCCGGAGUUUCCAAAGAAAAGCGGUGGACGAGGCACGAAAAAGCCGGCAGAAAUUGGACCAAGCGGCGAGCCUUAUACUCCUCUUGAAAAACAAGUGCUUCAACUACAGAGGGAUAACGUUGGGACCUUGUUGAUGGUCGAAGUCGGAUAUAAGUACAAAUUUUUUGGUGACGACGCAAAGAUAGCGUCUCAGGAACUGGGUAUCGUAUGCUUCCCCGACCGCAACUUCAUUGUAGCAUCUGUUCCCACUCAUCGCUGGGAAAUACACUUGAAGAAGCUGUUGAGCAAAGGGCACCGAGUAGGAAUCGUCAAUCAGGCGGAAACAGCGGCCUUGAAAAAAAUCAGCGAUAACCGGAAUGCACCUUUCGAGAGAAAACUUCACCGGCUGUACACUGCAGCCACUUUCGUUGACGAUCUAAGCUCGGUCGACGACGUCGAAAAAUACGCCCCUCCACCGAUUCUGUGCAUAAUUGAAGACUCCAACGCAGGAAACGGUCAGGUUAUACUCGGAUUGAUUGCCAUUAGCCCAAGCACCGGCGAUGUUAUAUGGGAUGAGUUCGAAGAUGUACUUAUGAGACUCGAGUUAGAGACGCGGUUAGAGCACCUACGACCCACAGAAAUACUUGUUCCACGUGGAGGUCUUACACAACCCACGAAGAAGGUGUUGGCCCACCUUCCCGGGAACGUUCGCCUAGAGUGUUACGGAGAACAAAUGUCCUACACGGAUGCGUUCGCAUUCGUAUCGAACUUUUAUUCUGCUGCAAGCGAAUCAGAAAGGACAGGAAAACUAUUAGCAGCGGUUUCGGGUUUUCCAAGACGCGUUGUUAUCGCACUUGCACAAACAAUCAACUACUUAAAAGCUUUCGACAUCGCGGAUACCCUAGUGGAAGCUAAUUUUUUCGAACGUUUUACGGCUCACUCCCGCAAUAUGGUUUUGGCCGCCAAUACACUGCACAACCUUGAAAUUUUCAAAAACGAGACGGACGGUACCGUUUACGGCUCACUUUUGUCCGUCUUGGAUCACACAAAAACUAAGUUCGGUGCUCGAUUAUUGAAGCGUUGGGUCGGCCAACCGUUAACAAAUAAGACUGCUCUACAAGAACGAACUGAUGCGGUUGAAGAAAUUCUUUCCAGUCCUUCAGAGAAGUUGCUUACCCUCAGGCAAAUUCUCACCAAACUGCCAGACCUUGCUAAGGGCCUAAGUCGUAUUCAUUACGGACAGUGCACACCAAAAGAACUUUCUGUAUUGUUGCCGGCAUUCAACAAAAUAGGCAAGGCCUUCGAGUCGUUUUCUGACCCAUCCCAUUGUGGAUUCGUUUCGACCACUCUGAACGAUAUCAUCUUUGCUCUCCCUCAAUUGAGAGAGCCGGUGCAAGGGUUACUGGAUGCCAUUUCUAUCCCAUCUGCUUCUGAAGGACGGAAGGAAGCACUAUGGAAAGACGCAGAGAAGUAUCCGUAUAUUGAGGACUGUUGCGAUCUAUUGAGGAUCUCUGAGGCAGAGCUCAUGGACGAGCUUCAGUCUAUUCGAAAAUUAUUGAAAUUACCUUCGCUGGAAUGGACUAGCGUUGCUGGGGAAGAGUAUCUGAUAGAAAUCAAGAACACCGAUAAGCGUCCAAUACCUCCCGCCUGGCCCCUCAUUUCGAAGACCAAGUACAGUUCAAGGUACAGACCACCAGAAGUAAAGAAAAAAAUGGAAAUUCGACUACAAUAUCAGGAAACUCUCCAUGCAGAAUGCGAGCGGGCUUUCCGCUCCUUUUUAUCCGAAAUCACUGAAUACUAUGGGGUACUUCGAAAUGCAAUCAACAAACUCGCGAUUGCAGACUGCCUAUUCAGUUUAGCGCAGGUUGCAUUCAAGCCCAACUAUGUGCGCCCGUCCUUCAGCGACACUGAUGAACUAGAAAUAGUUGACGGACGCCAUCCAAUGGUGGAAGUCAUAAGAUUAGAUCCUUUCAUCCCAAAUACGAUUCGUAUGGGCUCUGAUGAAACCCCCAGGAGUAAAAUUGUCACUGGGCCUAACAUGGGCGGAAAAAGCUCCUUCGUCAGAAUGGUCGCCCUCAUCGCCAUCAUGGCACAGAUUGGGAGUUAUGUUCCCGCCGCAUCUGCCAAGCUGAGCAUGUUAGAUGCGAUCCUGACCAGGAUGGGCGCUUACGACGACUUGAUUCGAGGUCGUUCAACCUUCAUGGUAGAAAUGUCAGAGACAAGUGAUAUCCUUGAGAGUGCGACUUCAAAAAGCCUCGUCAUUCUUGACGAGCUUGGGCGAGGAACUUCGACUUUCGACGGGAUGGCGGUCGCAAGUGCAACUUUGCAGCAUUUACUCCAGAAGAUCGGUUGCAAGACCCUUUUUAUCACUCAUUAUCCAAUGCUUGCACUUGAGCUGAGCAAGAAAUUUCCACGCCUUGUUGAAAAUUUGCACAUGGGAUAUACAACACAACCAAACGUAGAUGGGUCUCGCAACAUCACCUUCCUCUAUGUUCUAUCCACCGGCAUUGCUACAGAAUCUUUCGGAAUUGAAUGCGGACGCCUAGCGAAACUUCCCGAAGAUAUUCUUCGUGCCGCUUCGGAACGAGCAGCAGUCAUGAAAUUGGAAAUUGAACGUCGCAUCUCGUUAGAAAGGCUGUCUCUGGCAGUCAAGCGCAUCCGUCGUUGUCUACAGAGCAAGAAUGAGAAGGGAGUAAGAGCAGAUCUAUCGGCAGUUCUAGAUUUGAUAGAGGAGUUACGAGAUAGUGAUUACUCUAUAUCUACUCAUGUAUAAAUUU